AUGGGCAAAUGCUACUACUGCAAUAUAAUAAUUAAUAUAUCAGCGUUGUUACUUGAAAAUCCAAUCACAUCACAUUUUGAGAAAUUUCCAACCCCAGCUGUAGCUGGAUUAGAGAAAGAAUUGCGUGGAAAACAUUUGAAAAUUGGUACCCUUCAGAAUGGAGUACUUAGUGAUGCACAUUGGCACAACGAUACCUGGUAUGGAACAGGGGCAGCCUUCCAAGUAAUCGAACUUUUACAGAAGAUGUACGGAUUUCAGUUUUCUGUUGUUCGUGAAAAUCGUUUAGGUUCACAGGAAAAGGGUCUUCUCGGUUUAGUUUAUAAUGAACAAGUUGACUUGGCAGCCGCGUUUCUACCUGUCACAGCACUCUACUCGGAAUACACCACUUUCUCAACAACCUUAGACAUGGGCGAAUGGGUCGCUAUAAGGAAACGCCCAGAGAAACUGGCGUCGGACACGUUUGGAUUACUCGAACCGUUUUCAACGAAUCUUUGGAUUUGCAUCUUGUGUUCGCUGAUAGUUGUCGGAUUUGCAUUAUUUUCUCUCAUGCGGAUUUUUAAAAGAUACUGCAAUACGUUAGCCCAAAGAAAGUCAUUAAUUGACUGUUGGUGGUUUGUAUAUGGCGCUUUACUAAAGCAAACUACUACCUUAGGACUAAAAACAGAUUCCGCGCGAGUGACGAUUGCUUCAUGGUGGAUAUUUGCUACUCUGAUCACCGCAAUUUACACUGCCAACCUAACGACUUACCUGACAAUAUCUGAGCUUCCCUUAUCGGUUAGUGACAUUGCGUCCAAGAGGUACCCGUUGAUAAUAAAGACAGACAGUCUAAUUGAAACAUUAAUCAACAAUAAUUUGGAAGAACUUCACGUCACUUACAAAAAUUCAAGGAAAGUCUUUGUCAAUAGCAACGAUGAUGACAUUCUCACGCAUUGCAUUAGCAAUAACCAAAGUCACGUAUACAUCGCCGAGCAGCCCAACAUAAAUAGGGUUUUGCACCAACGCAUCCAAACGCAACAGGGAUGCCCUUUUAUCAACUUGGGUUCUGUGUACACUUCACCUCGUGCUUUUGCUUACUCCAGGUCAUUCAGAUUUGGAUCAUUGUUUGACAAAGCCAUACGCAACCUAGUGGAGACCGGCCUGGUGCAACAUUUGACUAAAAUGCAUCUUCCAGAUGGAGACAUUUGCCCACUUAAUUUGCGUAGAGUAAAAAGGCAACUAAACAACACUCACGUGGCACUGGCCUAUUAUAUAUUGGUGGGGGGUUUUCUGCUAGCUUUAAUUAUGUUUUGUGCAGAAAUCAGUAGGAAGGUACUUAAACAAAGACAAAGUAGGGUGUUUACAAAGGAAUCAAAAAUAAGCCUUCCGCCAGCCCACUUUAUGAAUAUGUUGUUAUCGCCUUGCUUGGAUUAUUUCCCAACCGUUACUAAGAAAUUUAUAAACGGGAGGUAUUAUUGGGUUACCAGUUGCCAAGGCGAAGUACGACUAGUUCCAAUUCGGGCGGCAUCCUCACUCAUUUUUGUGAAACGGAUGCGAAGCAGUGUGUAAAACCAUGGCAGGUAUACGAAAUGCGCUUUUUUAUCCAUUAGAACACUUAGUGUGACUGUCUUGAACAUCUUAUUGAUAUUAAACAAUUUUAGAUUGAGUGCUUUUUCAUCCUACACAGAAUGGUUUACAGUCUCUUUGGAUUAGUAUGGCUGGCGACACCAUUUACAAAUC